CCCUGGCGAAGCGUCUCCCCGCUCACUUCCCUCACCCUGCCAUUCACCAUGGCUGCCUGGAUUAGCUUGGUGUUGUUGUCCGUCCUUACGGUUAGCACACUAAGCUUGCCUCGUCCUGAUGAAAGUGCCUACAGAAUUCCUCAAGUAGGAACCGGCAGACGUUCCCAGUACUACGUCCUGCACAGUGAUGGCACCUACAAGUACGGCCAUGACACCGGAGAGGGAGCCUUCGAGAGUGCACGAUCAUCUACGCCAGGACAGCAACGAGGUUCUUUUGGCUAUGUGGCUCCCGAUGGCAGGCCAAUUAGCCUUCACUAUGAGGCAGGUGAGGGAGGCUUCGUCCCUCAGGGUGCUCACCUUCCCGCCACGCAUCCAGACUUCGAGGCUGCGCAUGCCCAAGCUCGCGCACGCGCUCCGUUCGUCGACCCUCUAGCCGAUCCAAACGCAGAUGCUUCCUAUGGAUUCGACUUCGCAGGACAAGGUCAGGCUCGCUCGGAACACAGUGAUUCUGAUGGCAACGUGCGUGGCUCUUACUCCUACACCGACGACCAAGGUCGCACUCGCACUUACUCCUACACUGCCGGCAGAGGCACCGGUUUUGUGGUGGAAGGUAGCGAUCUCCCUACCGCGCCACAAGACUCCAAGUCCACUCCCGCCGCCACUCGACUUUCCUCUGGGACUCGAGGCUCUCCCUCUCGCCUGGGAACUGGAUACUCGGCUGCUCCAGGGACCUCCUCAGCCUCUCGUGGUGCCGGCUCUCCCUCUGGAUCUCCGUUUCCUUCUGCAGGAGCCGCCGCCUCUUCUCGCCAGAGCGCUGCCAGCCCAGAUGGCUCUUAUUCCUUCUCUUUUGACGCCGGGGAUCACUCGCGAGCCGAAUCUGCCGAUGGAAACCUCAACGUCGAAGGUCACUUUUCCUUCGUAGCAGAUGACGGAGUCAGACGAAAUGUUAACUACGCAGCCGGUGCCAACCGAGGAUUCCAGGCUUCGGGAGACCACCUUCCUACUGCUCCUCAACCUCAUUCCGCCUCCAGACCCGCAUCAACUUCCUUUGCUUCUCACACUCCUUCCGUCAAGUCUGGCCCUGCCGCAUCCACUUUCUCUCGCCCUUCAACUCACACCUAUUCCGCCUCGGGCUCAGCCUCCUCACCCUCAACGGGAGUCAGUGGACGUCCAUUCGGAGAAGCUAACACGCGCACUCAGACACGUCCUGAUGGAAGCUAUUCCUUCUCCUACCAGGCUCCCACUCACUCCCGAGCAGAGUCUGGCGACGCAAAUAACAAUGUUGACGGCAACUUCGCCUUUGUAGCAGAUGACGGCCAACAAAGGGCUAUUCGCUAUGAAGCUGGCUCUGAUACAGGAUUCAUUGCUGAAGGAGCUCACAUUCCCGUAGGACCUGAGGUUCCUGGGGCGCCAUCCGGUCAGCCAACUGGAAGGAUCGUUCCAGUGCGAGAAACUCCCUUCGUCGACCCUCUCGCUGACACCAACGCUGAUGCCUCCUACAGCUUCGCCUUCGACUCGGAACAAUAUUCUCGCUCAGAGUCAGCCGACGCCGACGGAAACGUCCAGGGGACUUACACGCUGCUCGACGACCAAGGAACACGCCGCACUUACCGUUUCCGCGCCGGAGAAGGUGUAGGAUUCGAGACUGAACAAGUAUCCACUUCUCCCGGUGCUUCACCCUUCCGCUCCUCGUCCCCUUCCUCUGCAGCUGCAACAUCACACUCGCCCUCAAGCCCUUCCACUUACACCGGUAGUGCUGCAUCAUCCUCGAGGUAUCCUUCUGCUGCUGCCUCCGCAUCCUCCUCCUCUGCCGGAGGAUUCAGGUCAUCCUCUGGACCAGGAUUCCAGCUGCGUCAGUACGACGCCACCAAGAACCCACAUAAGGUCGGUUACGUCCUCACCUUCGACAAGUGAAACGCAUUUGCUCUUCCAAAGGUCUGACGUCGGCGCGAAAAAGGGAUUUGGAAAGCUUAUGCAGCUUAUGUUGUGUGAGCAGACUCGUAUGAUAUUUAUUGUAUAUAUUGUUGAAAAUCAUAAGUAAACGUAACUAUAGAUGUAUAGCCAUGCAAGGAAAAAUUGAAAAAAAAGUCAUGUUUUGACCGGAUCUAGGAAA